UAGUAGUAUGUCCAUGCGUUCCUCGUGCCAGCACACACGUACGGUCUUAUAUAUAACUCACACGACUCGGUCAAACUUCAACCAAACCAUACCUGGCGUUCUUUCUUCUUCUUCUUCUUCUGUGUCUUUCUGUGUGUGAUUAGAGUCUAAUGGACGAGAAGUUACAGAGAGAAAAACAGGGUAUUUUGAUGCAGAAAGAGAACGUGGAAGAGAGUAUAAUUAGUAAGCAACAUGAUGGUCAUAUUCAUGGGAGGUCUAGCGCAGAGGAGGUGAUGGAGUUGGCAGCCAUGGCCAUCAAACUGAACCUACGGUUGAGAUCAUCGGACAUGCCUCCGAACAUGCAACAACAUGCCCUGCGAUUCACCCGAUCUUUCCUCGACUCUUCCCCUAAGACCACAACUCCUCCAAACCCAUCCCAUCUCGCUCGAGCUCUCAAAAAGGAGUUUGACUCGUUGUACGGACAAGCGUGGCACUGUGUGGUCGGAAAGAGUUUCGGAUCAUUCGUGACUCACUCACCGGGUGGGUUCAUCUACUUCUCAAUUGACUCGCUUUCCGUUCUGCUUUUCAAAACACAGGUCCAGUUGCUCAUCGAACCUAAACUCCCUUAAAAAAAGAUCAUGGCUUUCAAAAAGCCGCAAAUUACAGUGUCAAAGAAAACUUUGUCUUUAAUUAUUGAUUAUUAUUUUCUUUUUUGGGUAUGUGCCGGAAAAGGUUAAAAACCAAAGAUUUCUUUGUAGCUUUACCACCAAAUUAAGUCUCCCUUCGAAUACAGAAAAAGUUUAGAGUAA